GAGAGCCUAAGCAGUCAACUUGGGUAAAGGCUGAAAGGUCGGUUCGCGAAUAUCAUGGGUCUUUUUCUAGGCUACAUUCUUACUCUCAAAUCGUGAGCGCUUAUGGACAUUACAAUCAGCUCCCAUGCAUGCAGAGUCGCAGGGUAUGUAGACUGUGGGGUGACUGGCUACUUCGCAAAAUCCAAUCAAAGCGGUUUCAAUAAGAGAGAAGUACACGAUCAUAUUGAUAUGAUUCCUUGAAAUCUCCAUCUUAAACGAGCUUACUUCUUAUCUUUGCCUUUUGAACUCAGUUCAAAUACUACACAAGUCUGCCUAGGUUGAUAUAUACGCAGUUCCCACAUCAUGACAUUGAAUCGGUUCCAUUAACGGCGCGGGGAGUCGCAUGUAGCACACCAAAUGUCAAAGGUAAAUAUCUACUCACAUUUGAGCAGCUGAUAAUGUGCGAAUAACGUCCUGAUCGGCAAAGGUAUAAUCAACUAUUUGAAUUAUUUCGCCGUAUUAGUAUCACAUACACAUAUACAUGGUUACAGCCUAUCUGUGGUACAUUUCAAGUUCCUCCCCCCUCCCCUCAGCUAUUCUAGCCUCCCAUCUCAGCUCUUUAGCAUCUUAUACAACAAGACAAUGGACCCACUAUGUGCCGCCCGCAACGGGAAUUCCUAUACAGCGACUGAAUCUCCCCUUUGCGCGAUAUGUUCCGCACAGCUGGCCUUGGAUGAGACCGAUUCCGGUGGGGCCCUGAAGAACGAAGAUGGUGUAUCGGUGCUAUAUUUCCCACAUGCCGACUCACUUAGGUCCAUGCAGAACUCCAGUUUCGAGACUGAAGAGCCUAUCAACAUUUGGAAAGGGGGGGUUGUUUAUGAGCGAGCGGUGACGCCGCCUAACCUACCUGAACUCUCCGAUUCUUUUGCAUGCAAGUUCUGUCUUGCGUUGAAAAGAUCGCUGCUGGAACGCUACGGUAGCUGCCUAUGGUGGAAAGAACCCUUUCCGCCUCUGCAAAUCGAAGGAAGAUAUCAAUGGUACUCGCCUAGAAAUACACGGAAAACAGAUAAGGGACCACAUUUCCGACUAAGUGCGUUGGCUAUAACUUAUAGUCACCCCAAAAUGAAAAACACUUAUGGUCAAACAAAGCCGGAUAAGUUUCCAGUCAUGGCAGAACCUGGUCGCUGUAGAGAUUGGCUUCACAUCGAGCGAAAUCCUAUAGCCUUGCAAGGAUCUACGUCAGAAAAGGUUAUGCGUUUGAUCAAGAAAUGGAUCAAAGAAUGCGAUUCAAAUACGAAGUGCGUAGAGUAUCGCAAGUUCUCGCAAAAUAAAGCAAAUUUCUUACCAACACGCCUCCUCUAUCUUGGCGAUGGUACAACAGGGCAGUGUCCCCAAAUUGUGGAGACAAGAGAUUUUCUUGAAAAUCGUUCAGAAAUGGCCAGACAGCAGUUACAAUACUCAUGCCUCAGCUACUGUUGGGGGUCUAAUUUGCCGCUGACCACAACUUCCAGUACACUAUCGAAGUACAAAUCGGGGUUACCAGAACAUGAGAUGCCACAGCUUUUUCAGGACGCAAUUGCUGUGUCCCGCAGACUGGGUAUACGGUAUCUCUGGGUCGACGCUCUUUGUAUCCUCCAAGAUGUACGCGAAGACUGGGAAAGAGAGUCUCUCAUGAUGUCCGACAUUUUUUAUCACUCCUUCAUCACCAUCGGCGCAGCAACUGCUAGGAGCUGCCAUGAUAGCAUUUCCAGCCCGAGAGAAGAUCUCUCUUGUACCUUGAGCUUUCAGUCCUCGCUCUUAAAGGAGGUCGUGGGGUUAUACUCCAUUAAUCUCUCUAAAAUGUCGCAUAAAAGCCCAUCUGAGACCGACCUGUCCAAUUCUAUCUGGACAAGCCGAGGCUGGGUUUGGCAAGAGCAGGUCAUGGCCCAAAGGCUUCUUAUAUUUGGUAAAAAUAUGGUACAUCUGAAAUGCCACGGUUACAUCUAUUCUGAGGAUGGGACUGUGGGUGACGUGUUCGGGAGCCAUAUCCUCAGGGCAUCGAGAUUUCAGAGCACACGUGUCUCACCUGAAUAUUGGGAGUUUUGGAUGAAUGAUUUCAGCGGCAGGCAGUUCACUUUUCCCAGCGACAAACUGGCUUCUGUAUCCGGUCUCUCCCUCGAAUUCGAAAGAGUAUUGGCUACGGGAGAUCACCUCCCGGAGUAUCUUGCAGGACACUGGCAGAAUGGGUAUUUCACUGACAGCCUCCAAUGGUCUAUUAGAUCAGAGAACAAAUUUUCUUUCCAUGACAUGAUCAAGGACCUACAUGACCCUGAAAAUUAUUGCGCGCCGUCAUGGAGCUGGGCGUCAAGGAAUCAAGGCCGGCUUAUCAUGCUGCCUCUCAGGACUGAUCCAAAGAUGGCAGGGGCGGACUUCGAGUUUAUAUCAAACAAUCUGGUGGCUGCAGAGUCAAACGUUCGGGUUAGAACGAGACCAGGUUCGUCUAUCACGCUCCGAGGAAGGACCCGUCCCUUCGCUUGUCCUCCUGCUGAGAGCACUAAGCGCUAUAAUAUACCCAGUUGUCUAACCGGCUCUGCCGAGUGGGAAGCCUCUGUUCCCGGAGGUACGAUUUAUUAUUUCAUGGAUUGGAACCCCCUGCUGGACGAUACCUCGUGGGAGGAACUCAAGCCAUCUCUGCGACUUUUCCUUCUGGCCAAUAAUGGCAAGGGGCUCGUUUUGUUAUCAGAAACCAAAUAUGGGCCCGGGUUUCUGCGGGUGGGCACGUUCAUAUUCGUAUCCUCGAAAGGAGGCAUGCGUGGUACAAGUUGGAGACUAUCGUGCUGGAUUUCCGAUAACUUAGAAUCCGACUUUCUUCAAACUGGCUGGAAUGUUCAAAACGUGGUACUUCAAUAAAAUUCUCGCUUGAACUUCCCGUUUCCUUGUUAAAGAAUUCCAAUAUUAGUGCUUGAGGUUGAAAUGAGUGUUAUAUUGGACAUAACAUAGGUUACGUGAAUGACUCAGUCUGCCAGAGCGAAAGGAACUCUUUGUAUGAGAGGGAUACAGUUGACGUAGCACCUGCGAUGGUAGGACCUAGAUUUCAAUGCUACAUUCUGUCUAAAGAGCUAGCUAUGUACAGGAAGAGCAAUCCUUACUUAUAUAAGGGCUGCUGUAAGAGGCAGUAUCUCUCGCAUUCGCUUAAGUGUAUGGUACAAGGGUCAUUGAAUGUCGCUAAUUCAUCUAUGUCUACAUAGGAACACUGAGUCAGACAGGAUCAGUCAGAUCAAUACUAAGCUGGACUGAUCCGACUAAAAAUGAAGAUCUAUAUAAUCAGGAUAGAUAUUCUUAUUUUAGAGCUUCAUGCUUAAGACAGUCAUUAUAAUUAGUUGCUGUUGGAAUAUGGAUUGAAUAGGGUUCAUAUAACUGUGCUAGUGUAUGUACUAGCACCUCAAAAUCACCUCAAACCCACAACACAUAGGUUUCGUUAUCUUAGCUUUUAGACUCUCA